UACAGAACGAGCCCGUUCAUCCACCUCAAAACAUUAAUGGCGGCAAAGGUCACAUGUUGUAGUGGUAUUGGACCAAGAUGCAGCGGAAAGCACAAAACUCUGCGAAAGUUCUAGAUGAUAAUUUCAUUAAAGAGAGAAUAAAGGAUUCAGAAAGAUUUGAAAAUAACAAAGUUUGUAUUGUUGGAAUCAUUGGAAGUUGUCACUUGGAAACUAAGGAUUCUCUCUGUAACAAUCUAAUAGGCAAACAAGUUUUCACAAAUAAAGGAAGUCCUGAAAAUUGUGCAGAGGUUUCAAUCAAGCUAUACCAUGAUGUUCCCCAAAGAAUAAUAUAUUUACAAUUAUCAUCAAUAGAAGACCCUUCAGUUCUAGUUGCAGCAUGCAAGCACAUCCAGGGAGAUAUUUCUCUGACCGGUCAACAUCAGUAUUGGCAGACAAAAGAGCACCAAUAUUUUGCUGCACUUUUAUUCAUAUUUUCAGUUUGCCACAUUGUUUUGGUCUGUUUUCCUACACCAAGAUUUGACUUGAGCUAUCUUAGACUGUUCAAAUUACUAGCAUCUGUGAGGCACAGCAUGCUACCACAUAUAUGUGGAUUGCUAUCUAGCAUUGAAGGCAUUCCUGAAAUAUGGAAAACAACUGGUAGACCAUGUAUUCCACGAAUCAUAGUCUCUUUCCAGGUGCCAUGGAUGAAAGAAGAAUCCAAAUCGAAUGAGGCAUCGCUGUCCAGAAUACAGCAUUCUUUGCAAGAGCAAAUUCAUUACAUUCUGAAAAAGAACAGGCUUCUUGGCAGUUUGAGCUCAAGCUCCUUGUUUACCGUCAGUUCUCCAAAUCCAACAUUUGUACACGUCCAAGCGGGGUGCAAGCUUUUCUCUGACCCAGCACAUUGGUGCAUUAAUCGCCUUCUCAAGAAUUCAGUCAAUGUUGAAAGUGUCAUUCGGUCACUUUGUGGGAAAGGCAAUCAGUCGAGUUUCUUAUCGCAACCCCCCAACUCCCCUGCUGGCGAUCAUUCCUUGUUUUCACACUCGCAAGAGAUUUCUUUCCAAGAUUUCGUCAACAAGCAGAUCGACUAUAUGAUGACCGUUGAAAGUAGAGAUAUUCCCGUUGAAGGACGUAGGGGAACUCACGUGGAGGCCCCUCUUGACAGCCUCUGGUAUAAAGUAUGUGCGGUUUUAUUUGAUUUUUUUCUUGGAAAUGAAAAUGAUGUCAACAACCUUGUGACAAACAUGGCUCCUUCGCUUGAUUAUGACUGGAAGUUUUCAGAAAACCGAUGCCGAAAAGUCAUACCACUAGCCACAAAUGCUUAUCUUGACAACCUACCGUCGCAUUAUACUCACUCCGUUCAUCUUCAACAGCUAAGUCAAGCGCUACACGUUUACACAUUGAAUGCGAGAGGACCGGCUUUCGAACAUUAUAUAGCACAGCUUCAAGAAGACUGCAACCAGAUUUGGUGGAAUGGUCGACAGUUGUGUGAAAUACGGAGUUUGACGGGGCAACCGUGUGUGUAUCCGUUCCACAGAAUUCCUGAUGGCAAAGAUAUGUCACAGCAUGAUGAUUCAGCUGGCAUCCCUUGCAAGCCUCACUCGAGUCGAGUGACCAGCGUAGCAGCAUGUAAUUGUGGUCGGAUACAAGGAACAAGGGAAGAUCCCUUUGAUCUCAAGGUCGCAAACUACGAAUUCUACCAAGAACUCGAGAGGAAGUGCUGCUCAUAUCUUGUUCAUUUGAGACUACCUACACACGAAAUGGACGAAGCCGCAAUUGCAAAAGAGAAACAGGGAGGGUACGGAGAAUUGGCAGGGCAUGAAAGCUCACAAACCUCUGACUUACUGAAGCAAGAGACCGGUGCUCAAGAAGGCGGACAGAUGUCACAGAAUAUUGCAACUUCAGUAGCAUUUACUUUAUCAAACAAGGACACAAUACCAUACAGUGAGCCUAGCAUAAACGACCCUACACAGACUGGCCUAAGUAUUGGCUUUCAGUUCACUGCUGAGCUAACGGAUAUGGAAAUCAAGGAUGAUAUAGUUAGUGUAUACUCCGCACAGCAUAACGAAGGGCGUUCUGUACCCAAGGCAGAUAAUCGUCAAUCUACUGAACUGUCAACUGUCAAUACAACAGGUAGCCUAGGCCGAAGGAUAUCCUUCACUGAGUAUACAGAAACGAUGAUUUCAGAGGACAGCCCUCCAGGUCUAUUGCCGUUGUUUUCUUCGUGGAAUUUGCUUUGUCUUGGCUCUGCAUCGCUCUAUAACCCACAAAAAGGCAUUGAGCAGCAUGGAUUUUUCUCGGGUAAUAAUUUCUUGUUGCCAUGGGAGAUAAAGAUCAGUGACAGUGCUACAGCAAUGAUGCAGAAGGAGGCUGGAAGCGUUAUCAAAGAUGGCGGUGAAGAGCAAUGGCCUGCGCCAGGUGAAGUGAGCAAAAGUCGUGGUACAAGUACAAGUGGACCCGGGGUACAUCUUCCUAUAUUCCAGACUGUAAAGAAGUUAAGAUCGCUUGCAAAGGAAAUUGAAAAGAAAGAUACUAACGAGCCGCUUGCAAAGGUAUCGACGCCAACAAAACCACAAAAAGGUGGAAAGGAGGAUAAAAACAGACAGAAUAUCAUCAAAGCGUAUAUUGGAAUAGAGUAUGAAUGUCCGAGAGGCCACAGGUUUUUCUGCUCAAGCCCAGAAAGGAUUGCCAAAGCGUCAACAACAGGUCACCUAAGAGAUACGGCCUCGAAGCUUUUACAGUACGAUAUGCCCAUGUACUUUCCAUGCCCGUGUCGGGCUGCAAAACCGUUGCACCUUGCCCAGCUGUCACGUUCGUACAUCGUUACGCCAGAUUCAUGUGUUGGUAUCCGAAUCAAUCCCAGAGUGCAACCUGGUGAAGACAGCUCGGCUCCAGUCUUCUCUCUUGGCUCAAAGAACGGUGUAUGUUUACCGAGGAAUAGCUUUUGUGUGCUUAAGUUCCCGUAUGUUUACAUGGAUGAAAGUGGACCUUACUUACCACCUCAUGAUGCCCAGAGUUUACCAGCUUUCAGACUGUUAAAAGAUAUGUAUAACUACUGCCUAUAAAAUGCAUCUUCAAGAUAUUUAACAGUUAGAAAUGCCUGUGAUUUGUAUCACUUUUUUCGCAAAGCGUUUAACAUCAAAUUUAUUUACAGCAAA